UUGUAAUAUUCUUCAUAUAUUGUUGACAAGUUUUUAUUCUGAAAUCGGUUACUGGAUUUGAGUUAAUAAUAACACAUAAACCCUAAAAUUUCGAAAAUUUAAUCUUAGUAAUAAUUACUAUCGUAUUAAUAUGAGCUCCAAAGAAGUAACUACAGCCCCUGAAAAAAAGAAAAAAGAAAGUAUAUUAGAUUUAACUAGGUAUUUAGAAAAAGCAAUAAGGGUUAAAUUUUCAGGUGGUCGAGAAGUAUCUGGAAUUUUGAAAGGUUUCGACCCAUUAGUAAAUUUAGUGUUGGACAAUACUCUUGAAUAUUUACGUGAUCCUGAUGAACCAAUGAAACUCACUGAAGAUACGAGAACUUUAGGAUUAGUUGUUUGCCGAGGAACAUCAAUUGUCUUGAUUUGUCCAGUUGAUGGUAUGGAAGCUAUUGCAAACCCAUUUGUUCAACAAGAAUAAGACUUAACACUGUAACUUUCAAACUCAAAUUAAUGUUUUGACUAAAAAACUAAUGAAGGUUUUAGCUUUAUGUAAGACUUAAAAUGGUGAAUAAUAUCAUUUACUAUAAUUCAUUAUAGUUUAAUAUUAAUUUGUUUCCACCUAGUUAUAUUUGUAUGUAAUGUUAUUCUUGUACAUACAAGCUAUUAUCAAGUAUAUUUAUUACUUCUAAGAACACUUAUUUUUAAUUAAAUGAAAAUAAUAAUUUAAAAUUAA